UGUCAAAUUGUUUUGACAUGGUUUUGACAAUUAACAAAUGUCAGAUGUACGGUGCGGCUCGAUAUAAGAUUAUGAAAUAAUAUUUUUGAGGUUUCUUAUUUAAGUUUCAAAUAAUAUGGCAUUAUCUUUUCUACGGAGUAAACUAAUCGCACGGCAAGCCAAAAAGCAGUUUUACCAGAACAAACGGAAUGCAGGAUACGUCGUUCUUAUUCCAGAAAUAGGCGAGGAUGGGGACAAAUCGUCCCUCCUGGGGGACAACGGGCUGCCCGAGUUCAGCGACAUCACGAUCGAGAAGUGCAUCGCGUCCAUCAGCCAGCAGAGCCUCGAGUACGAGACCGGCGUGGCGCAGCUGGAGCACGCGGCGCCCGCCUGCAGGGACGCCUUCGCCGACGUGUUCCGGCCGCUCGAGCGCCUCGGCGCGCCGCUCGAGCUCACCUGGGGCGUCGCCAAGACGCUCUACCUCGGCAACAGCUCGCUCAUGCCCACCGCCUCCUACAGGAGCGUCCACGAGCGCGCGCACAAGGCCCGCUCCGCUAAGUUCAACAGCGUCCCCAUAUUCCAAGCCGCCCAAAGAAAAGAACAAGCUCAAAAACUCACGGACGAGGAGCAGAGGCUGCUAGAUAAGUAUAUUUUAGAAGGAAAACUUAACGGGCUCGAUGAAACCGGACUAAAGUUGGAAAAGCUGCACAGCGUCGUCGCCGAGUUGCAGAAAGAGAAGUACAUGUUCCGGGAGAAAGUAAACGCGGCCACCGGGCUGUUCUCCAGCACCAUCACGGACAGCCUGACGGUGCAGGACUUCCCGGAGACGCUGCUGGCGGCGAUGGCGCCGGAGCCGGCGCGCGGCCCGUGGAAGGUGACGCUGCAGCCGCACGUGCUGGAGCCCUUCCUGCAGCACUGCCCGGCGCGCGAGCUGCGCUGGAACGCCUGGAACGCGCACGUGCAGCGCUGCUCCGGGUACGGCAACAAGGACCUCGAGACCAGCACGCAUCUGGAGAAGAUCCGCGCCCUACGGACCGAGCAAGCCAAACUGCUCGGCUUCGAAACGUUCGUGGAUAUGAGCAUGGAAACUAAGAUGGCCGGCUCGGCCGAAAACGUUUACAACACUUUAAAUACUUUGCUGGAGCACGCGCGCCCCGCGCAGGACGCCGAACUCGACGAGCUGCAGAAAUUUGCACAAGAACGAGGCUUCGACUACAAACUCGAGCACUGGGACAUACCGUACUGGCAGAGAAAGCAGAAGAGAACGCUGUACAACUUCGAGGAGGACAAAAUCAGAGAGUACUUCCCGCUGCCGCGCGUCGUCCGCGGGCUGUUCAACUUGUGUCGGUCGCUGUUCGACAUCCAGAUCGAGGAGCGCAGCGUGCAGGCGUGGCACCGCGACGUCAAGUACUACGACGUGCUCGACGGCUGCGGCCGCCUCCUCGCCGGCUUCUACCUCGACCCCUACGCGCGCCAGCACGAGAAGAUCCGCGUCUUCGACGACGCCGGCUGGCACGUCGCGCUCCGGAACCGCUGCGCCUCCACCCAAGCCUCACCCCUCUCGGCUCUCAUUUUCAACUUCCAACCGCCAGCGGGCGAGCGGCCGUCCCUGCUCACGUUCAACGAGGUGGGCGUCCUGUUCCAGAAGUUCGGGCACGCGCUGCGGCACCUGCUGACCGAGGCGGAGCACUCGGAGGUGGCCGGGCUGUCCAACGUGGAGUGGGACGCGGCCGAGGUGUGCGGACACGUGCUCACGCACUGGCUGUUCGACCCGCACACGAUCCGCGCGCUCAGCGGCCACCACCGCACCGAGGAGCCGCUGCCCGACGCCCUGGUGGACAACCUGCACCGCGUGCGCCAGCACAUGGCCGGCCUGCGCCUGUGUCGCGAGCUCUACCUGUCGCGGCUGGAUCUGGAGCUGCACUCGACCAAAGCGUUCUGGCGCGACGUCGUCAAGGAGCUGUGGCCGAAGCAUUUCGCGCUGCCGUUCGACAAGUACGACUCGCACCCGCUGUCGUUCACGAAGGUGGUGUCGGAGGAGUGGGCGGCGGCGUACUACUGCCGCGUGUGGGCGCGGCUGCUGGCGGCCGACGUGCACGGCGCGUGGCGCGAGGAGGGCGACGCGCGCGCGGUGGGCGCGCGGUACCGCGCCACGUUCCUGGCGCUGGGCGGCGCGUGCGCACCCGGGGAGGUGUUCCGCCGCUUCCGCGGCCGCGACCCCGCGCCCGCCGCGCUGCUCGCCGACCUGGGGCUCGCCAGGAACCAGAAGAAGACGCAGGACUAGCUUAGGCCCUAUCGUACUGUAAUAUAAUUGCUAUUUAUCGUU